AUGUCACAAUCAUCACAGUCUGAGUCUCAGUCUGAGUCCCAGUAUACGUCUCUGUCCACAUCAAAGAUUGCAUCAGAGUCUACUUCAGAGCCUGGAACAUCAACCUCAGAAGGAUCUUCUCUUCGCUCCUCUACAUUCAGCAGUACAACAACCCCGACUACCUCCACGUUCACCAUCGUGUCCUCUGUCGGUACCCAAAGCACAAGCUCAGAGACAUCAACCAGCGAGGCAACAACUAUCUCUUUCAGUUCUACAGCACCAGGGGCAAGCGUCACCAGCACCAGUCAGAGUACGACCAGCACGGAGUCCACAGUACUAACCACCCAACAACAGUCCUUGCCAGUCACAAGCGUUUCAGCAUCAGAAUCUCCAACUUCGCCUUCCUUGACUUCCUUGACGACUUCAUCAACUCCUUCUACAAGCCCAAGAAAUAUCCCCGUUCUUAAUGGUUAUGAUUUCAUCGCGUGUCUGCGAUCCGACGAGGGAUUUCCAACCUUUACGGAGGUGGCAACCCAGGCCAACAUGACCACAGAGAUCUGUGUCAAAUUGGCUGCUGGGAGCAUUUACGUCGGUGUCUAUGAACAGACUUGCUACAAGGCUGAUUCCCUCGCCGGAUCAGAAAUUGUACAAGAUGAGCGCUGUAGCCUCCCGUGUCCUGGUGACCCUAGCCUAUUUUGUGGAGGCACGACUGGUGGUGCAGGCAGACGCCGUGCCAUUCCGUCUAAUCGUUUCUUGACAAUCUAUCGCCAAGCAGUCUCUUCUUCUUCCUUCUUUUCUUCUUCAUCAUCCUCCUCCUCCUCCUCCUCCUCUCCCUCCUCUUUCUCGCCUUCGCAAUCUUCACAAGCUUCAGUAACACAGACUUUGUCAUCAACAUCCAAGUCAAAUGCUGCGACAACCUACACUCUAUCAGUAUCCUCCUCUUCAAUCUCUUCUCGAAAGACUACAGUAUCUUCAGUCAUCUCUGAGUUGAGUUCAAUUUCUGGCACUCCAUCUCCAAUCACUCCCGGCCCCAUCCGAACCAUCCACGUCACCAAGGGUGUGACUGUCACAGAGAUUAUCAUUGCAGCGACAGUAACCACUGUCACAUAUGUUACUCUCCAUCCAAGUCAGCCAGGAGCUCUUACCACUACUUGCGUAACAUUGACCCUGCAAUAUACUGCCUGCGGUUGCGAUCACCAAGAGUAUCCACCGGUAGAUAUGACUACAAUCAUCUCGCCCUGCCAAGCCUGUGGCUAUCAGGGGCAAGAUAUCGUCACCAUGGUGGUUCCAGUCGCUGCUUGUGAGACUGGUAGUGUGAACCAUGGAUCUUCUGGCUGGUAUGACGGUCAUCGGAUUCAACCUGGCCAUGGAGUAGAUGUCGGAUCCCAACCUCAACCAACACAAGGACAACAGAACGACAACGGACCAGGCUACGAGAUCGGACCAUCAAAUAUUGCAGCCGCCACCCAGGGACCAGGAGACGAAGAACAAGGCAACCAACAUGUUAACUCCCUGUCUACACAAGGACAACAGAAUGGUAACGAAUCGGAGUAUGCUAAUGGACCCUUGAAUACUGGGGCCGCCACUCAAGGAUCAGAAGGCAAAGCACAAAACCAACAGACAGCCAAUCCGUUGCCAACACAAGGCCAACAACACAGCGGCGGACCGAAUUCAAAAGAUGGACCCUUGGAUACUGAGGCCGGAGCCAGUGGAUCAGCAAAUGAAGCACAGAACAAAGAGUCACCCGGCCCUUCGCCCGCAUCAGGCCAGCACAACACCGAUCGACAAGGUGACGAGAACCAUCAGUCAUAUGUUACAACACAGCCUUCACCAGAGCACAAUGUUAAGAACGGACCGUUUGCCUCACCAUCUCAAUCUAUUAACGCUCUGAAUCCUUCCAAGCUCUCGUCCGGUCCCCAGGACCAGCAACCUUCCUCAGGCGGCCUAACAAUAGAAGCAAGCGUUGUACCAGCGCCUCAGCCUGGCACUAAGACUGGUCCUUCUGAUAAAGCAUCUGGCCAUGGGAAUAGCCCAGCUAUCUCAACGACGUUCGCCACCGAGGUAGAAGCCACUAAGGACACUGAGGCAUCCGGGUCGACACAUAGCCAUAGUCCUUUGGAACCUGGGGAGGCUUCAUCUAUUCCAUCGAUGGUUCCCUCAUCAGAAGCACACAGACAUCAGAUCAUGUCCUGCCGUAUGGUUGUUGUGAUAGUCGGGAUGGUGUUGCUACUCCAGUGA